UUCCCUCCUCCCUGCCCUCCCGAGCGCUGGCUCCCGGCAUGCUGCGCGCUGCUGACAGCCUUAUAAAUAGUCGCCUUUGCGGGCGGCCGGCGAGGACGCGCAGGGCACCACCGGCCCCGGCGCCCGCCGCACGCCUCCCCCAGUGUGCUGACUCGGCUCCCCGGACCUCAGCAGGAUGGAAGAGAAGCUGAAGAAAACCAAAAUCAUCUUUGUGGUGGGAGGGCCCGGCUCAGGGAAGGGCACCCAGUGUGAGAAGAUUGUGCAGAAGUACGGCUACACCCACCUCUCCACCGGGGACCUCCUGAGGGCCGAGGUCAGCUCAGGCUCGGCCAGGGGCAAGAUGCUGUCGGAAAUCAUGGAGAAGGGGCAGCUGGUGCCACUGGAGACAGUGUUGGACAUGCUCCGAGAUGCCAUGGUGGCCAAGGUAGAUACUUCCAAAGGCUUCCUGAUCGAUGGCUACCCUCGGGAGGUACAGCAGGGAGAGGAGUUUGAGCGGAGGAUUGGACAGCCCACGCUGCUGCUGUAUGUGGACGCAGGCCCAGAGACCAUGACCCAGCGGCUCCUGAAGCGUGGAGAGACCAGCGGGCGAGUGGAUGACAAUGAGGAGACCAUCAAGAAGCGGUUGGAGACCUACUACAAGGCCACAGAACCUGUCAUUGCCUUUUAUGAGAAACGUGGCAUCGUACGCAAGGUCAAUGCUGAAGGCUCCGUGGAUAAUGUCUUCUCCCAAGUCUGCAACCACCUGGAUGCCCUCAAGUAGCAGUCCCAGAGCCCCUUCCCCAGCCGAGCCCCGCCCCACCCCUGUCCUGCCUGAGGCUGUCCUGGCCUGGGCUCAGCGCCUCCACCCUGCCCGGCUGGAGCACAGACAGAGGAAGCCACUUUAUCCUGUUUUCAUGGACAGCCAAGCACUAAAGGAAUUUCCAAGGACA